GGAAAUUUGAGACCUCAUAAGUUUUCCAUUCGAUCGCGAGUGGGCAUCAGUGAACUAAAUUCGUAAUCGUACACUAAAAUAUACAAAAUGAACAUUAAGCUUGAACCAGAAAACAAAGUGAGUGCGAGCAAAGUAGACAGUCCGCCCGCAGCGGUCGGCAGCAAAAGAAUGACGGAUACAGCAUCGUCGCCUGGUAGUGCCAAGAGACCCAACUUUUCUCUGGCUCUUGCUGCUAAUCCAAAUGGCGUUAACAAGGGAAGCACAGGCAUGGGUGGUAAACCUGGAACGGCCAAAAAGUUGGUCAUCAAAAACUUUAAAGAAAACCCUAAACUUCCUGAAAAUUAUCAAGAAGAAACAUGGGAAAAACUACGUGAAGCAGUCGUAGCUAUACAGAACAGUACAAGCAUAAAGUAUUCUCUGGAAGAACUUUAUAAGGCUGUAGAAAAUAUGUGUAGUCAUAAAAUGGCACCUGUUCUUUAUGGCAAUUUAAGCAAUCUUAUUGAAAGGCAUGUUAAAGGCACCAUAGACAUAUUUUUGGUUGAAUCAAUGGACAGACAUCUUUUUCUUAAGCGAAUGAAUGAUUGUUGGUUGUCUCAUUGCAGACAGAUGAUUAUGAUCAGGAGCAUAUUUCUUUAUCUAGAUCGUACUCAUGUUUUACAAAACCCUAGUUUAUCUUCAAUAUGGGAUAUGGGUUUAUGGGUAUUCAGAAUGCACAUUCUUUUGAACAAUUUGGUCCAAACUCGUACAGUUGAAGGAGUUCUCAUGUUGAUUGAAAAAGAACGGCAAGGUGAUACAGUUGACAGAAGUCUUCUCAAGUCAUUACUUCGCAUGCUCUCAGAUUUACAAAUAUAUCAAGAAGCUUUUGAAAGUAAGUUUCUCUUAGCUACUGAGAGAUUGUAUGCAGCUGAAGGUCAGAGAUUAAUGCAGGAACAUGAUGUGCCUGAAUAUUUAGCCCAUGUUGAUAAAAGAUUGCAAGAAGAGAACGAAAGACUGCUUCAUUAUCUGGAUAUCUCUACUAAAUGGUCUUUAAUUCAUACUGUUGAGAAACAGCUAUUAUCAGAACACAUUAGUAGUAUUUUGCAAAAAGGUCUCAGUGGGCUAUUAGAUGAAAACAGAAUAAGUGACUUAUCCUUACUUUAUAAUUUGUACAGUCGCAUUAAAAAUGGCUUGGUUGAACUUUGUUUAAAUUUCAACUGUUAUAUUAAGAAAAGAGGCAAAACAAUUGUGAUAGAUCCUGAGAAAGACAAAACCAUGGUACAAGAGCUAUUAGAUUUCAAAGAUAAAAUGGAUAAUAUAGUUAAUACAUGUUUUCACAAAAAUGAAAAGUUUGCUAACAGUUUAAAAGAAGCUUUUGAAGCCUUCAUAAAUCAGAGAGCGAAUAAACCAGCAGAACUCAUAGCUAAAUUCGUUGAUUGUAAACUACGAGCUGGGAAUAAAGAAGCUACUGAAGAAGAACUUGAACGUUUACUAGAUAAAAUUAUGGUUCUAUUCAGAUUUAUUCACGGUAAAGAUGUAUUUGAAGCAUUCUAUAAAAAAGAUUUGGCCAAACGUUUGCUCGUUGGUAAAUCUGCGUCAGUUGAUGCCGAAAAGUCGAUGCUAUCCAAAUUGAAACAAGAAUGCGGGGGUGGCUUUACCAGUAAAUUAGAGGGCAUGUUUAAAGACAUGGAACUAAGCAAAGAUAUAAAUAUUGCGUUUAAGCAAUAUUCUGGUAAUCUUCAAACUGAGCUGAUUGCUAGCAAUUUAGAUCUUACUGUAUCAAUAUUGACAAUGGGCUAUUGGCCAACAUAUCCAGUAAUGGAAGUCACAUUGCCAGCUGAAAUGGUGCAGUAUCAAGAUAUUUUCAAUAAGUUUUACUUAGGAAAACACAGUGGAAGAAAAUUACAGUGGCAACCGACUCUAGGACAUUGUGUACUCAAAGCUUGGUUUAAUCAGGGCAACAAGGAAUUGCAAGUGUCAUUGUUCCAAGCUUUAGUACUUAUAUUAUUCAAUGACUCUGACAAUUUGUCUUUUGAAGAGGUCAAAGCUGCAACGAACAUAGAAGAUGGUGAAUUAAGGCGGACACUGCAAUCUUUGGCUUGUGGCAAAGCUCGCGUGCUCACGAAAAAUCCCAAAGGUCGUGAUGUUGCAGAUAACGAUCGAUUUUUGUUCAAUGCAGAUUUUACUAAUAAACUAUUUAGAAUUAAGAUUAAUCAAAUUCAGAUGAAAGAAACGAAUGAAGAGCAAAAGGCGACGGAAGAACGCGUCUAUCAAGAUAGACAGUACCAGAUCGAUGCAGCUAUUGUUCGUAUUAUGAAAAUGAGAAAAAUUUUAUCUCAUAAUCUCCUCAUAAGCGAGUUGUAUAAUCAACUGAAAUUCCCUGUGAAGCCUGCUGACCUAAAAAAGAGGAUAGAAUCGCUGAUUGACAGGGACUACAUGGAACGUGAUCGAGACAAUGCAAAUCAAUACAAUUACGUAGCGUAAUUUUUCAAUCGGUAUGAUACUAUUGAGGCAAAUACUAUUUUUAAUAGUUCAGACUUCAUCUCUUUACAAAAUGAAGAAAAAACAGAGACAAAAAUAAUCGUGUGUGUAAAGAUUAUCAUUUUGUACGACUAGAAUCAAAUUAAUUUCAGCGAUGUUUAGGUGCGAUGAAUUCUUGACAAAAUAUUAUAUUAUAUCUUUUAAAUUUGUGCCAGAAUGACUAAUUUUCUGAAGAAGAAACGUAUCCUCAAAUAUCCCUUACUGAAAAGUAGUUUAGGUACCAAUUUCUCAAGAAUACCCAUGCAAAUCUCAUUUUCACGCAAUCUAACGUAUCAUAAUAUUGAAGUUUACUUAUUGCGUUGAUAAGUUUUAUAACAAAUGCUAAGUUUGUUGUUUUAAUAACGAAUUUUAAAACGAAACGGUACGUUUCUGUUUGAUUCGAAGCUUGAUUUUACUGUGCUGAGUAGUUGAAAUGAAUUGAUGCAAAUUUACUCUUGAACUUUUCUGUUUUGAGUCAUUAGCGGAAUUUUAUUUUAAGAUUAAAAAAAGAAUCAUAUAAUAUUUUCUUGGACUUAAAAUAAUCUGAUUUUCUCGCGAUUUCAAGAAAUAAUUUAAAAUAAAGGUGUUUCAGAGAAUUUAACUGAGUUAUCAAAGAAAGCAUUCAUUUUAAUUUAUUAGUUCAUUUUUUCAGCUCUAAGAGUAACUUUUUUAUUGUAAAUUAUUUUUUAGUUUUCCAUAAAUUAAAAUUGAUAUAAUCAUGGCUAAAACCUAUGGUUCUUUAAAGUAUGAAAUGAAAUUGUAUAUUUAUGUAAUGAAAUUUUGAUCUGAAAUUUUUUAUUUUGUUUAAUUUUUUGAAAAAUGUUGCACUGUAAAAAAUGACAAAUAAGAUGAAACAAAUCUUGUAUAAAGCAAUAAACUUCUAUGUUCCUUUAUCAAAGUGAUGAUUAGAAAAAUAUUUAAAAAAUUGAACAAAAAACCAAACAAACUAAGCAUAAAUUAACUAGGUCACUUUUUCAAAUUACAAACGAUUUAUGUCAAGAUUCGCUUCGAAUUGCUAUCCACUUAUGUUAUCAAUCAAUCAGCAAAACGAUUUCUACAGUUUUUCACGGUAGAGAAUAUAAUGUACGGGCUGGUCGUUGCAAAUCAUAAACAUUCGCGAAAAUAUAGGCAUCACAGGCUUUUCAUUGCUCAGUUAAUGAAGAUUAUCAAAUAAUUAUUACAACUCUGAAAACUGCCAUUUUAUAAAAGAGUUUACUUUUGUAAUUUUGCAUCAAACCAGCCAAAUUUUGUCAUAAAAAACAAACAUAAUACUAUAAUAAAAAUUAUACGUCAGGUCAUGAUUGUUCAUUCGCUGAAAAGCGAAUUGAAUACAGCGCGAUGAAUAAACAAACAUUAAAAGUACGAAAACGAUACGCUAAACCACAAGAAAUUUAUUUUUAUGAAAAUGUGAAAUGUUCAUCAAGAUGUUUGUUAGAAGUUGUAAAUAGUAAAAUAAAACAGGUACUUGUAAUAAAAAUAUAUAAAAUA